AUGUACUUCUCUACUGCCGUCAUCGCUGCCUUCGCGGCCACCUAUGUCUCUGCCUCUCCUCUCAUGGUCCGCGGUAACACCUGCGGUGCCGCUCCCGCUAGCAGCAAAACCAGCAACCAGCCCAUCUCGCAGCCAUCCGGCAUCCAGACCUCAGCUGCCUGCCAGACCCAGUGCAAGGCUAACAGCUCCUGCACGUCCUUCUGCUUUGGCCUGGUCGACAACACCAUCCAGUGCAAGCUCUACUCUUGCGCCGCCUCUGCUGUCCCCAAGCAAUCCAGCGCCAACCUCGUAGUCUACGACAAGGCUUGCUCCGCUGUUCCCAGCGUUGUUCCUACCUCCAGCAACCCUACUGGCAAGAAGGUUGACAACAGCCAAACCCAGAGCAACUCCGAUUCUGGCUCUAAGACCUCUGAGCAGAAGGCUCAGGAGUCCAAGAAGGCCGCCGCCUCCAAGACCUCUGAGCAAAAGGCCCAGGAGUCCAAGAAGGCCCAGGAGUCCAAGAAGGUCGACGCCUCCAAGACCUCUGAGCAGAAGGCCCAGGAGUCCAAGAAGGCCGACGCCUCCAAGACCACCCAGACGCAGUCCUCAGCCAACACCUGCGGCACCAAGCCCUCCGCCAGCACCAAGAACCAGCCCAUCUCCACCCCUUCGGUCACCUCCGAGGACGCAUGCAAGGUCAAGUGCCAGGCAAACAGCUCCUGCAAGUCUUUCACCUGCGGCAAGGUCGACAACGCCAUGGUCUGCAAGCUCUACUCCGUCGCUGCUGCCCAGGUUCCUGCUCCCAGCACCACCGCCCAGAAGAACGUCCUCAAGGCCUACGAUGUCGGCUGCUCUAUCUAA